CUGUCCCACUGCUAAAUUAUGAAAUUACUUGCCUUGCUUUUUCUCUGCUCCAGGCUGCUACCAAGUUUAACCCAGGAGUCCUCACAAGAAAUCGACUGCGAUGAUGAAGACUUAUUUAAGGCAGUGGACACUGCGCUGAAGAAAUAUAACAGUAGAAGCCAAAGCGGCAACCAGUUUGUGUUGUACCGUGUAACUGAGGUCGUCAGGACGGAUAACCCUGACACGUUUUAUUCCUUCAAGUACGAAAUUAAGGAAGGAAACUGUUCUGUUCAAAGCGGCAAAACCUGGCAGGAUUGUGACUACCUAGAAUCUGCUCAAGCUGCCACAGGAGAAUGCUCCGCCACAGUGGGGAAGAGAGGGAAUAUGAAAUUCUCAGUGGCUACACAGACCUGCCAGAUCACUCCAGCCUCGGGCCCAGUGGUGAGAGCCCAGUUUGACUGCCUUGGCUGUGUGCACCCCAUCUCGACCGCAAGCCCUGACCUGGAACCCAUUCUAAGACAUGCCAUUGAACAUUUCAACAACAACACGGAUCAUUCCCACCUCUUUGCUCUUAAAGAAGUGAAAAGGGCCAACCGACAGGUGGUGUCUGGAUGGAACUAUGAAAUUACUUACUCAAUUGCACAAACGAAUUGUUCCAAGGAGAAUUUUCUGUUCUUAACUCCAGACUGCAAGUCCCUUUUGAAUGGUGAUAUCGGUGAAUGUACAGACGAGGCACACGUGGACCCUCAGCUGAGAAUUGCUUCUUUCUCGCAGAAGUGUGACCUCUAUCCAGGGGAGGAUUUUGUACAACCUUCCAAGAUUUGCGCUGGCUGCCCCAAAGACAUACCUGUCAACAGCCCGGAGCUGGAGGUGCCUCUGAAUCAUUCCAUCGCAAAGCUUAAUGCAGAGAAUAACGGAACUUUCUAUUUCAAGGUUGACAGAGUGAAAAGUGCAACUGUACAGGUGGUAGCUGGAGAGAAAUUUUCAGUUGAGUUCACAGCCAGGGAAACCAUGUGUUCCAAGGAAAGUAAUGAAGAGUUGACAGAAAGUUGCCAGAUCAAUAAAUAUGGACAAACCCUAGAGUGUAAAGCUGAAAUUUUUGUGAUACCUUGGGAGAAAAAAAUUUACCCUACUGUCAACUGUCGGCCUCUGACAAAGAUCAUAUUGAUGAAAAGGCCUCCAGGUUUUUCACCUUUCCGAUCAGUACCCAUGAAGAAAAUAGAAGAAGGAACAACUGUAAGUCCACCCCACACUUCCAUGGCAUCUGUACAAGAUGAAGAGCGGGAUUCAGGAAAAGAACAAGGACCUACCCAGGGGCAUGGCUGGGGCCAUAGAAAGCAAAUAAAACAUGGCUUUGGCCAUGCGCAUAAACAUGAGCAUGACCAAGGCCAUGGGUACCACAGGGGACAUGACCUUGGCCAUGGACAUCAGAAGCAACAUGGUCAUGGCCAUGGACAACAAAAGCAACAUGGCCUUGGUCAUGGACAUCAACGGGAACUUGACUAUGACCCUGAACACCAAGGGAGACAUGGCCUUGGCCAUGGACAUCACAGGGCACAUGGCCUAGCCCAGGGACAUACACAUGAGCAUGGCCAAGGCCAUGGAAAACAUAAAAAUAAAAGAAAAGACAAUGGAAAGCAUAAUGGUUGGAAAACAGAGCAUUUGGCAAGUUCUUCUGAAGAUCGUACCACCUCUUCUGCAGAGACACAAGAGAAGACAGAAGAGCCGAAACCCCUCCCUUCCCUAGCCCAGCCAGGGAUAGCAAUUACCGUGCCUGACUUUCAGAACUCAGAUCUCACUGCAGCCCUGAUGCCUAACCCACCAUCUCCCACAGAGACAGAUGAUGAUUGGAUCCCUGACAUUCAGAUACACCCAAAUAGCCUUUCAUUUAACCUGAUAUCUGACUUGCCAGAAAAAACCUCCCCCAAAUGUCCUGGACGCCCUUGGAAGCCAGUUAAUGGAUUGAAUCCAGCUGUGGAAGUGAAAGAAUUUCAUGAUUUCGAUCUCACUGAUGCUUUGUAUUAAUUUAUGUAGACAUGAGUCUUAACAUUU